AUGAAGCCACAUUGUUGUUUAUUCACUUUAGUGGCGAGUGUUAUUGUGCCAGCAGCUUUUGUUUUGGAAGAUGUAGGCUUCAACCAAAUGGCCCCACUGGGAACAAAUCAUAGCUCUUUCAAUUCAUCAUUUCUUCCAAGCUUUGAACUCUCAGCAGGUUCCCACUCAGGAGACGAUGUUAUCAUAGCCAAAGAGGGAACUAGUGUUUCAAUUGAGUGUCUUCUCACAGUCGACCACUAUGAAGAUGUCCGUUGGUACAACUCAAAAGGACAGCAACUGGACGGCAGAGGCAGAGGUGGAAAAUGGUUGGUUUCUGAUAACUUCCUGAAUAUCACCAGCGUAGCCUUCGAUGACCGAGGGCUCUACACGUGUUUCACCGCCUCUCCAAUUCGUGCCUCCUACUCCGUCACCCUGCGCGUUAUCUUCACCUCAGGAGACAUGAGUGUCUACUACAUGGUUGUUUGCCUCAUUGCCUUUACCAUCACCCUCAUCUUGAACGUCACGCGGCUGUGCAUGAUGAGCAGCCAUCUUCGUAAGACAGAGAAGGCCAUCAACGAAUUCUUCAGAACUGAAGGGGCCGAGAAGCUGCAGAAGGCCUUUGAGAUUGCAAAGCGCAUCCCCAUCAUCACGUCAGCCAAAACUCUGGAGCUCGCCAAAGUCACACAAUUUAAGACCAUGGAGUUUGCCCGUUAUAUCGAAGAGCUGGCAAGAAGCGUCCCUCUUCCGCCCCUUAUUCUAAACUGUCGGGCCUUCGUUGAGGAGAUGUUCGAGGCCGUGCGAGUGGACGACCCUGAUGACAUGGGAGAAAGAAUUAAAGAGAGACCUGCCUUGAACGCUCAAGGUGGCAUCUAUGUCAUUAACCCAGAGAUGGGCCGGAGUAAUUCACCGGGAGGAGACUCGGAUGACGGUUCUCUGAAUGAACAAGGCCAGGAAAUAGCAGUUCAGGUUUCUGUCCACCUUCAGUCAGAAACCAAAAGUAUUGAUACAGAUUCCCAAGACAGCAGUCAUUUCAGCCCACCUGAUGAUACAGGAUCUGCCGAAUUGAACUCUUACUCCAAAGAUGGGACAUAUGAAAGCCAUCAGCUGUGA